AUGGCGGCGCUUCUCUUUCUUUUCCUCUUCUAUCCCCUCGCGCUCCUCAUUGUCUGGAGGGUGUUAUCAUCCAUUUACCGCGGGCUUUUUUCGCCUCUCAGGCAUAUUCCAGGCCCAUUUCUGGCCCGCUUCACCGAUCUAUGGUACCUUGGCAGAGUACGGCGUGGACAUUUUGAACGAGACAACAUAGCCUUGCAUCGCAAACAUGGCCCCAUUGUUCGAUAUGGCCCCAACCGAUAUAGCUUUGACCAUCCACAAGCAGCGCCGAUCAUCUAUGGUGUUGGGCAGGCCGAUAAGUUUGCCAAAUCGUCCUUCUACCAAACCUUUGCCACCCCAAACCCCAACCAGCCGUCCCUUUUCGCUCAUGCGAACAUCAAAGAGCAUGCCCAGAUGCGAAGGCUCUACCAAGGUACCCAUGCCAUGUCAGCACUCGUCUCAUACGAAGACUUUGUCAACGAAUGUACCGACUUGUUUGAUCAACGACUGAGAGAGAUGGCUGAACAGUCUGGGUCAACUAGGGCCAUGUCGGUUGUUGACAUGGGCCACUGGUUCCAAUGCUACGCCUUCGAUGUCAUAAGCAUGAUUACCUACUCGGAGAGACUAGGAUUCCUUGACCGCGGUACAGACAUAGCGGGUAUUAUGGCCUCCUUGGAAGGGUUCCUUAACUACGCCAGUUCUGUGGGCAUCUACUCGUGGAUGCAUCCAUUUCUGUUCACCGCUAGCAACUGGUUUGCAGGCAAGUCGGGUAGUGGGAUAGGGUAUGUCAUACAGUUCACUGAGCGGCUGAUGCGUGAGCAUCAAUCAAAGCCCAAGCACCUGGACAUUGAGAACGAGGACACUCAGCAAAUGGACUUUCUCUCCAAAUAUGAGGCGCGACGUCGAAAAGAUCCCCUCACCUACAAUUCUUGGUAUGUUUUGAGUGGAUGCGCAUCCAACAUGACGGCUGGGUCAGACACCACGGGGAUCAGUCUCUCGGCUGUCCUAUUCUUCCUCAUGAAUCACCCAGAAGCGACCCGGAAACUGCGCCUAGAAGUUGAUCAACAUCACACUCGAGCUAGAGAUUCAAGGAAUCUCAGCUUCAAGGAAACUCAAGAAAUGCCAUAUCUUCAGGCCGUUAUUAAAGAGGCCUUAAGGCUACAUCCUGCAGUCGGCCUCCCUUUGGAACGGGUGGUGCCAGAAGGUGGCGCUACGAUUGCCGGACAAUUCUUUCCAUCGGGGACCACUGUCGGUAUCAACCCUUGGGUAGAGCAUGCGAGCUUGACUACCUUUGGACCAGACCCGGAGGUAUUCCGACCUGAGCGUUGGCUCGAAAGCGACAAGCAGAAGCUUGACGCGAUGAAUCGACAUUGGGUACCCUUUGGGAUGGGUGCAAGGACCUGCAUUGGAAGACACAUCUCUACAUUAGAGAUAUCUAAGCUUAUCCCGCGGAUCGUCCGGGACUUCAAUUUUGUAUUCCCUGGAGACGCCCCGACCAAAGGAGAGUGGAAGACGACGAAUUACUGGUUUGUGAAGCCCAAAGGAUUCAAGGUCGGUAUUCGCAUAAGACAGUAG